AGUUCUGUGUCGCGUUUCUCCUGCGACGAACGCCUUGUCGCUCGGCCUCACAAUUUCAUUAUAAUAAAAUUGAAAUUUGAUUUGUUAACAUACGCAUAAUAUAAAUAAUGUGUCUCAGAAGUUCAUAUUGAUCGUGCGCUUAAAAAUAUAAGUGUAGUGUUUUCAAUAUACCUGGAUAAACUUUAUAAAUACAAGGUGCAUUAUUCAGCUUGAACUUUGAAGAGUGAACAAGAUGGAGUAGGUAGUGAGAAUGCGGUGGUUUAAGAAAGGCGAGCCGCCGCGGCUGCUCGCCGUCUCACCAGAAGCCGAAACGAGAUCCACACGAAGAUCCAGGAUUGAUGAAUCACCGGUGCGGUACCCUCAACGAAAAAGCAGCAGCAGCUCAGUAGAAACAAACUUUUAUAACCUUAACGAUCAAAUCAUUAUUGUCGAGAAAUCGCCUCAUCGAUUUCACCGAAGUAACGAGACUCCAGUAACUCGCCGCAUAUCACUUCAGAACGGUCCCACUUCACCUCAUGAUAGCUAUAAUGCCACACGGAAAAAUCGCGGGGGCUCAUUGGAGAAAGAAUAUACGAUAUAUCGGGAAAAACGAAACCCGUUGCUUGAUAAGGUAAAAAAUACAAAACUGUCUUGCUUUAAGUCAAGCGGCCCCUUACGACACACAGAAGAUACGGCGUCUACAUCAGGAAGUGAUUGUAGCGGUUUCGGUCAUAUUGAAGACGCUAACCACUGUCGUUAUACAAACAACUACGCUGGGAGUCACUUAGAGUUUGAAAAUCAAAACCCUUGGGUAAAAAUGCCAAACUACGAUGAUGACGUAUUUUUUGCCAAAAAUAUGACUAGUCCUGGCGAUAGCCAGUGGAGGGAAGGCAAAUCGUUUACCAACAGAGGCACACGAUGCUACAGCUCUGGUUCAGAGUGCGAUCGUUACCACGUUAUACCGAAGGCAGGUGCAAAGUUAUCUAAAUCAAGUGAUCAAAUCUUUAAUGAUGAUUACGAACCUUACGACGACAUUUCAUAUGUAAAGUCGCAGGACAAGACUGAUAAAUGUAAGAGUAAUAAAAAUGAAAAAGAUACAAUAGGUCCUAGUUCCUGUCUUUCUGCCAAACUAAGAGCAAUGUCAGACCGUUAUUUAAAAUCAUCUACAAAUAAAUUUUUGUCGAAAUUGUAUAGGCCGAAUGGUGAAAAUGAAGAGGAAGUAAACGGUAGUAACGAUAAUAUAUUGAAAUCAAGUAAUACGAAGAAUAGAAAAAAACGAGGUGGUGUCAAAGCAAAGUUACGUAGUUUUUCUUACGGCGCAUUACCCGGUUUGGAUGAAUUCCAAAAGGAUCACAACUCAGUUUUUCAUGAUGAUGUAUACCAAGUAUCGUGUGACGAUGAAAACGUUUUGAUAAAAGACUGCGAAGAUGCUGAUUCUGGCAUAUUAGUCAACGAAUCGGCAGCAUCAUCCAUAUUUGAUAGUGACAGAAUAUCUUCACGAUGUGAAAGUUCUGCCUCUCAUGUUAACACUUUGCUUCCGUGUCAUGGUAGAAGCAUAUCCAGUGAUCAAAGCUAUACUCGUAGACCUAGAUCAUCUGGCCGAAUUAGCAGAGAGCGGAGUGAUCACCCAAAACCAAGACCUCGACAAACCCAAAGGGCACUGUCUUUAGAUCGAAAGGAAAUCCUGAGACGCAUGCCAAAGAAUAAUGAUGAUUAUGCAGAACCUCAAUAUUUACAAUUAACAGAAAAACAAAAGAUGCGACAACGAGAUAUAAGUUUAGGAGAUUCUGGGAUUCCUCCUAUACCUCCAUGUAGAAAACCAGCUAAAUGCAAGAAAGCUGAAAAAUCUGAAUUCAAAGUUGUAAGAAUAAUAAGAAACAAUCCAUCCGAUGAAUUGGGAAUUUUCAUUGCUAAGACUAAAUUAACUGACGAAGGCCACGUGGGUUAUUUAGUGGCACAUGUUGUACCUGGAGGCUUAGCUGAAAAGGAGGGUACAUUGCGCAUCGGAGAUGAACUAUUAAACGUAAAUGGCCGCAGGCUUCGAGAUUUAACAAUGGCCGAAGCGAAAGACGCAUUAAAAUCAGGUUUAUCUGAAAUAGACAUCGUGAUUUGCCGGCAACGUGAAAAAUCGGCAGACAGCAGACAAAGAGAACCAUCACAACGUAGUAUUAACUUAAUGCGUGAAAGUUCAGUUGAUUAUGAAAACGCAAUAAUAUUAGGAAAGGAAAAACGCGUUGAUAAAUAUGACGUCAGGAUAGACCGACGGUCGCAGGAUGAGUCGGCGUGUAAUCGCCACGCGCUAUCAGCUGCGGACGAGCCGGCCGACAGCACGUCGCAUGCGCACUCACAUUUCCUCAAGGGUCAGAACGCGAGCUAUAGCAGCAUGAACAACAAGUUGUUGCGUCGGCAAGUUGUCAGUUACGGUGGCGCAAAUAAAGACGGCCUGGCUCUUAGUUGCGCGGGAGACAUCGUAGACGUUGACGUCGCAGAUGGUUCGGAACGGUACAAAAAUGGACAGGAUUGUGGAAAUGAUAUACAAACACCGAACGCAGCAAAUUUUUGCACACUCCCGCGGAGACCUCGAGCGCCCACGCAUUCUUAUCAUACCAUAACCUUUGAAAAGGGACACGGGAAGAAACCGCUUGGAUUCACGAUCGUUGGUGGACGUGACUCUCCUAGAGGGCCACUCGGUAUUUUUAUCAAAAGUAUACUUCCACAAGGACAAGCUAUAGAUGACGGCAGACUAAAAGCAGGAGAUGAAGUUCUAGCAGUCAAUGGGCAGGCAUGUCACGAACUGGCGCACGUCCAAGCUUUAGCGUUGUUCAAAUCAGUACGAAGUGGUCCUAUAGAACUGAGAGUUUGCCGGAGAGUGAAGAAUCCUCAGUAAGUAUUAUACCAGUUCAUUACUAAUACAAUAAAACCUAUUUUUCCUUAUUUCUCAAUAACAAUUUAAACUGUUUAAAAACCUAACCGCAAAAGUAAAGUCAUGGGUUCAUCCGUUUUUAAUUUUUGUUGCGCUACUUUCAAAUAGUUUUAUACGAUGAAAUAACAUACGAAUAAGCUGUAAUUGUAAAUGACAAAAUAACAUCAUAAUUAUAAGGGUCCUAUCAC